GGACUCAAAACUGAUUGAACAGAUAAUUUGACUAGCUGGAUUAACAUUUUUGAUGUCUCCAACCAGAUCGAUCAUCCAUGAUCCACCAAAAUUUAAAAUUUCUGGAACUGAUCGUCAAUCAAUGAAAUCAUCGAUUCUAGGCUGAAAAGUUUCUUGUUCACCUAUUCAAUGAUUUCCCCGUUCCUCAAGAGAUUCUACCAAAAGAAUGUCAUCGUCAGGCAUCAUAGAAGUUGAUGUAAUUAUACCCGUACAUAACGCAGCACAUACUGUGCGGGAGACUGUGUUGUCCGCAUUGAAUCAAGAAAUACCCACGCACUCGUCGUCACCGUCCCAACUUUUACAGGAGUUUCUAGAAAAGUAUUCUAUUUCAAUCACUGUAUGCUGUUACAACGAUGGAUCUAAUGACGAAAGCCUGGAUAUUCUUCGACAGAUUGAAGCAUCACGAUCGAAACAUGCAGGGAGAGAAGUCACGAAUGGAACGAUUCCAUCUCGACUUAUUGUGGGCUCCAGCAAGGAUGAAAAAGGACUGGGCGCAGGUUACGCACGAAACCGAGCUAUUGAAAUGAACAAUCCCUCUCAAAGAGAUGUCGACAACAAACACAGCGACCACUGCAAAAAAAGAAGCUGUCAAAAGUUCCUCUGCUUCCUGGACAGUGACGAUGUAAUGCACAAGCAUCGGGUUAUUGAACAAACUCUUUAUAUGAUAUCGAUUGUCGAUGACAAAACGCGAGAUCAAACUAUUUUGGGGUGCACUUUCGAUCGAGAUCCUCCUGACUCCACCUGGCACUAUUGCCAAUGGGCAAAUAAUCUGUCGGAUGAAAGACUGAUGCUUGAGAGGUAUCGAGAGCUCACAAUUUUGCAACCCACUUGGUUUAUGCCAUUGUCAGUGUGGUCAAAGGUGGGUGGCUACAUCGAAGCUCCUUCACUUGAGAGUAGCCAAACAGUACUAGAGGUCAAGGACCAAGUCGAAUCGCUUUCAUCGCCACAGAUAACUUGCCUUGUCCAUCCGAAGUACGACACUUUAUCCUCUCUUCGAUUGGCGGAAGAUUUGCGAUUCUUUCACGCACACCUCCAAUCAGGUGGUGAGUUGCGUCUCCACCGAACUGCCUUGGCAACAACAAUAGAUACGACACCAUAUCCUCUCGUCACCUACCGUCACGCAGAAAACGAAGAGUCCCAAAGCUUUCGAACUAGUCGAAAGCUCCUAUUGCAACUACGAACUCUAGCUUUCCAAAACGGAACCAUCCGAGGAAAUCCGCUCUGGAACAAAUUUGUGGUAUGGGGGUGUGGCAGGGAUGGCAAGGACUUUUUCAAAGCGCUGGAUCGAGACAUACAAGAGCGCGUCUAUUGUUUCGUAGAUGUUGAUUUGAAAAAAUUAAAUGCUGGUUACUACGUUGAUACGACAGCUCACCGAGCCGAAAGCAAGGAAAUAAAAGGGAAGCAACAAAAGAAAUCGGGCCGAAAAAUACCUAUCGUGCAUUAUUCCUUCUUAAUACCAGAUCAGAAGAAACGAGAACUGUCACAGUCUGAAUGGAUAUCAACAAUUGCAGAUGGGGAUUCUUUGGUUAUCGGCCGCAUCGACAAAUCAAAAUCGGGAAGCGUUUCCGUUCCAACCAAACUGUUGCCGGCAAAAAAGAAGCAUAAAACGCACUCGGGAACUUCAUCUUCCACCGGGCUCAAUUAUCGCGGGCUUGAUCAGACAGUCCUCUCUCACCUCCCAGUCGUCGUGUGCGUUGCAAUGUAUAGAACAAAUGGAGUCCUGGAGAGCAAUGUGGCGAAAAUCUGCAGAACCGAAGGGAAAAAUUUGUGGCACUUUAGCUAAAGAACUAUAAUUCAUAGUUUCUGCACCAUGGAAAUCCAUCGACUACUUCCGACUACUUUACUUCGCACGACAAUAGAUAGUUCAUACGCCA